UUCAGUAAAACAGAGGAUUUUAGAUUUUUUUAGGGUUUCGGAUUCUCUUCGAGAAAGAUUCGAUUUUGAUGUAAUCUUAUAGCUAUAGUUGCGUGCUUUGAUUCACUUCUGAGGAGAAUCGAGCGGCGACGGAGACGGCGACGGCGUUCCAGUGAAAUCGAUGAUCGUCAGCUGCACCAAAUGGACCAGUCUUCGGUGCAAACCACUCCUUCAAUCGAAGAUGAGGAGUGGGACACUGAAGGAUAUGUAAUUCCAAGCUUGGAACUUGAAGAUUCUGGCCAAAAUAGCAGUAAUUUAGUUGAAGUUGAAGAGUCGAAGACAGUUGCAGCUGAGUCUAAGAAAGAAGAGAAUAUAUAUCUUGGACCUCACGGUGCUCCUCCUUCACAAUCAAAGCAACAAGAGCUUGGUUCUGCUAAUAAUCGCAAGCAGAAGUUUAGACAGAAACUGAAGGAAGCAGACAAGAAGUACAGCGGAAGUGGUCGUGAGAAUAAGGUGGAACACUUGAGAGAGCUUGUGGGUGGAAAAAUGGCUGCAGGAUCAAAGAAUUCCCCCAAGGAUUGGCUUGACCCUCAUUGUGAUGAAAAUAUGUUCCAAAGAUACCAACGUUAGCGUAAUACAAGAUUCCAUAUUUUACAUUUACAUACUCGGAAUCCCCCUUCAGUAAGUCUUCCUUUCGGAGGGAAAAGAAAGCUUUUACUGAAUAUUUAUGUACUCUCAAAUAAUUCCCCUAGUAAUCGAUGUUGUGGGGCUAAACGUCACCAGUCCUCUGGCUGUGCUUGCUUGUGAUAUACAGAUUCGAUCUGAGCUGCUCUCUUUCACAAUAUUUGGUAUAUGAAUGCACUAUACCAAAUAUUGUUUCUUUGCUUUUGAUUUGAAAACAAGGAUGUGUAAGGAUUCAGUUUCCUAUGGUGAAAUGAUAAUGUGUUACUGCAUUGUUCA